CGGCGGAGGGCGCUAAUGCGGCACUUUGGAUGCAGCGUCUCUAAAAACCAACGAAGAAGAAGAGGAAGAGGAAGCAGCCGGACGCGGCGGGAGUCCGGAUCUGGCUACAUGUCUGUGCAGGUGUGGUGCUUGUCGUUCCGGCAGCCGUACGCCGGCCUGGUUCUGGACGGGGUGAAGACGGUGGAGAGCCGCUGGAGGCCCCUGUUGGCCCCGCUGGAGAACCAGACUCUGGCCGUCCACAUCGCCCGGCGGGACUGGGAAGGGGAGGAGUGGAGGGCGGUGCUGAGCGGCCCGCUGGGAAUGAACCGGGCUCAGAUCCAAGCGCUCCUGGACUCCGGAGAGAGGUUUGGCCGCGGCGUGGUGGCAGGAUUGGUGGACGUGGGACGGACCUGGCUGUGCCCCGCCUCCCCGCAGGAGGAGGAGCUGCAGCACCUGGAGCGGUCGGCCGUUCUGAUUGGUCUGCAGGAGAAACACCUGACUCACCUGUCCAACCCUCGCUGGCUGAAGGAGCCGCUGAGCGCUCGAGGAGAUCGCGACCUCUGGACCGUUGAGAUCCCCGCCGAGCUGUUACCAUGACAACGAUCACAAAGAAGAAUAAAAGUGACUGCAGCAGCGAAGUGAACAAACUCCCUGGAAGCUGCUGCUGCAGAUGUUCGUCAUUAAAGAGAUGCGACGAAACGCUGCGUCUGCUGCAGACAGUUCAGCUUUGAUCCUCAGUUCUGCAUGAGGACCAUCUGAGCAGCUGGGAUCUGGUUUAUGCUGAAACGCCACGUGUGAUGAUGACGAGUGAAGAUUCAGCUCACGGUGGUGUACGGAGUCACAUCGGUGUCACUAAUUCAGGAUUUAUCUUUAAAUGUUGAGCACAGAGGCUGGUGCUCACAUCUGGGUUUAAAAAUCCAGCCUCAGCAACAGAUCCUGCCACAGACUGAUGGACUCCAUGCCACGCCGCAUCGCCGCAGUCAUUCAGGCAAAGUACUGAGUGCUGCACAUGCUCAUACUUUUCCAGUUGGCCAACAUUUCUAAAACUCCUUUUUUUGUAUUGGUCUUAAUCUAAUUUUCUGAGAUACUGAAUUUGGGAUUUUCAUUA